CAGCGCCCUGCUAGGGUCCUUUACGAUACCCGAGACCAACCUCAUGUCCCCGACCCGACGGCUCGCUCCUUGUUUUGAUCUGUAAUACGGUUUAUAUAACCUUCAUAACUUCGUUAUGGAUCCAGGUGCCGGUCCCCCUCCCGGUGGGUGUGUGGCGGUCGGCCCCGGCGGGCCGGAGGAGUUCACGGCGGUGAAGAGCAGGCGGAGUUCCAAGCGGAGACACGACCCGGGUAUGGACUGCGAGGCGGCGGUCAAACGGCCUCACUUCCCCCCGUUGUCCGGGGACAAGCUGAAGGGCGGUGCGGACGAGCUGCGGAAGGUGGCGGUCCCGGCCAACAGGUACACCCCCCUUAAAGAGAACUGGAUGAAGAUCUACACCCCCAUCGUGGAGAACCUCCAGCUGCAGGUUCGCUUCAACCUCAAGACCCGCAACGUGGAGAUCAAGACCUGUAAGGAUACUCUGGACAUCGGGGCGCUCACAAAGGCGUCAGACUUCGUCAAAGCCUUCGUGCUGGGCUUCCAGGUGGAGGACGCGCUGGCACUCAUCCGGUUAGAUGAACUCUUCCUGGAGACUUUUGAUGUAACAGACGUGAAGCCCCUGAAAGGUGACCACCUCUCCCGAGCCGUGGGGAGGAUCGCCGGGACCGGCGGGAAAACCAAGUUCACCAUCGAGAACGUGACCAAGACCCGCAUCGUGCUGGCUGACACUAAGAUCCACCUGUUGGGAUCCUUCCAGAACAUCAAGAUGGCACGGACGGCCAUCUGCAACCUGAUCCUUGGAAGUCCACCUUCAAAGGUUUACGGGAACAUCAGGACGGUGGCCAGCCGGACAGCCGAGCGCUUCUGAUCCCCAAUUGGCUGAUCUCUGCAUCGUCCUCUUCUUGAUUGGCUGCUGGGAGGUUCUCCUUCCAGAUCAGACCGUUCUGACAUUUGGACCCGAGUCUGAAGACCCCCCCCCCCCCCUCUGUGGUUCACCGCCAUCAUCAUGGAAAUAGAUGUUGAUGGGACUGUUAUACCAAAGGCGAUGGGGAGAAGAUCAAAAAUGGCCACACAGUGUAUGCUCCUGUUUGGAAACAUAAGUUAAUGUAAAUAAAUGAAAGCCCCCUGAAUGAACUGUUGAAACAGGAUGUUGAUGAACACCAGUACUCGAAUAAACCGGAAACUCAUGAAG